CCAACCAACCCCCCUCGAACCUCCGUCAGUCUCAGUUUCUCCUUGCUCUUUCGGUCGCAAGCAAUCCACAGCGCUUCCAGCGAGACGAAGAGAGGAGAGAGAGGGGAGGAAGGGCCCGAGAGGGAGGCUCCAGGGGCCCUGCAUUGCGUAGGGCGCAGCCGCCGGGAUGGAUCACGGCGGCGAGGGCCGCGUUGCGGCGGCUCGGCGCACGCUGCGUGCCGGUGUGGACAAGUCGCGCGCUCUGGGCCACUCGCUGGCCCGCGCGGGGCCCCGUCUAGAGGAGAUCCAGGCGGCGCUGCUGGCGCUGGAGGCCGCGGUGCGCCCAAUCCGCGCGCCGCAUGCCGAGCUCGCCGCCGCGGGGCCCCACAUCGACCGCGCCGUAAGCCCCGCCGCCGCCGUGCUCAAGGUGUUCGACGCCGUGCACGGCCUCGAGCCGCCGCUCCUGGCGCCAGGCGCCGCGGGCUCGGGCGCGGCCGGGGACCUGCCGGGGUAUCUCGCCGUCCUGGCGCAGCUCGAGGAGGCGCACAGGUUCCUCGCCGAUAACUGCGGGCUCGCCGCGCAGUGGCUCGCCGACAUCGUCGAGUACCUCGGCGACCGCGACCUCGCCGACCAGCGCUUCCUCGCCGACCUCGGGGUCACGCUCGACGAGCUCAGGACACCCCCCGCCGGCGACCUCGACGGCGGGCUCCUGGCAGCCGCCCUCAGUAUGCUCGAGGCCGAGUUCCGCCGCCUCCUCGCCGACCACUCCGCGCCGCUCGCGAUGCCGCAGACCGGCGCCGCCGCUGGAUCGGCCACGCCUUCCCGCGUGCCUGCCGUCGCCGUCCACAAGCUCACCCUCAUCCUCGAUCGCCUCGUGGCCAACGGCAGGCAAGACAGCUGCGUGGCCUCUUAUAUCGAUGCGCGCGGGGGUGUGGUCAGUGCAAGUCUUCGUGCUCUCGGCCUCGACUACCUGCGCGACCCUUCUCAGGACGCGCAGGCAUUGGGACCUGCUCUUGAUUUGUGGAGGCGGCAUUUGGAGUUUGUGGUGCGCCGUCUCCUCGACUCGGAGCGGCAGCUCUGUGCCAAGGUGUUUGGGCAGCAUAAGGAUGUCGCGUCCGCGUGCUUUGCAGAGGUGGCGGCACAAGCCGGGGUUCUUGACUUCUUGAGGUUUGGCCGCGCGGUUGCUGAUGCCAAGAAGGACCCCAUCAAGCUCCAGCGUCUGCUGGAGGUGUUUGAUUCUCUGAAUAAGCUGAGACUGGACUUCAACAGGUUGUUCGGUGGCAAAGCGUGCGCGGAGAUUCAGAGCCAGACAAGGGACCUUGUCAAGUUGUUGAUAGACGGCGCCGUCGAGAUCUUUGAGGAGUUGAUUGUGCAGGUGGAGCUGCAGCGGCACAUGCCUCCCCCAGUUGAUGGAGGCGUGCCGCGCUUAGUUACCUUUGUCGUUGAGUACUGCAACCGACUGCUUGGUGAGCAAUACAGGCCUGUGCUUGGGCAGGCGCUAACUAUCCAUCGCAGCUGGCGCAAGGAGGCGUUCAAUGACAGGAUGCUUGUUGACGCGGUGCUAAACAUCGUCAAGGCCCUUGAAGCUAACUUCGAUGUUUGGUCCAAGGCAUAUGACAACGCUACGCUGUCGUAUCUCUUCAUGAUGAAUACCCAUUGGCAUUUCUUCAGGCAUCUGAAGGCUACUAAGCUAGGAGAGGUCUUGGGUGAUGUGUGGCUGCGAGAGCAUGAACAAUACAAGGAAUACUAUUUGUCAAUGUUCAUCAGGGAGAGCUGGGGAGCACUUUCAGCGCUACUGAACCGGGAGGGAUUAAUAUUGUUCUCCAAGGGCCGGGCCACUGCAAGGGACCUGGUGAAGCAGCGCCUCAAAACAUUCAAUUCGAGCUUUGAUGAGAUGCAUCGCAGGCAAUCGUCGUGGGUUAUACCAGACAAGGAUCUGCGGGAGAGGACAUGUAAUCUUGUGGUGCAGACUAUCGUCCCUACCUACCGGAGCUACAUGCAGAACUAUGGGCCACUUGUGGAGCAAGAGGGAAAUGCCAGCAAGUAUGUAAGGUACACUGUCGAUGGUUUGGAGAAGAUGCUCAGUGCCCUCUACAUGCCCCGGCCCAGGAGGGCUGGGAGCUUCCAGAUCAAGCACUCGAGCGGUAAGAUUGCCAGUGCAAUGACUGGCUUGCAUCGGAGUGCUUCUGCAGUGAAAUAGCCUAUGUUAAAGAACCCAAAGAUUGGAUCAAUAUGAUAGUAUGUGGCAAUUGGCAAAUGAUUCAUUUGGCCCAGUCAAGCAAAGAGUCCCGCACUGGAUAGGUGACCGAAUAAUGGACCCAUGGUCGGAGCAGUGGUGUCAAGUGUCAUAUGAACAUAAGUUACUCUUUAGUUAGCAUGGAGAAUAGAGGCUGGUGAUCAGUUCCGUAGCUCCUGUUAGUGUCCCUGAACAUAAGUUACCCAUGGUCUGAGAUGUUACCAUUCUCCUGAGCUAUUUUCUCUUGUUGUGUACUUCUGCUGGUGUCCCUGGCACCAUAAUCAUUCAUCUGGAGAUAUUCAAUCAGCUGUGUAGUUAUGU